CGAAAACAUCGAACGAGUGUUCAGUCUCAAAACAACACUUCCCGAGGCGGACGCAAAAACUGCGACCUGCCCGUCCGAAAGGCGUCUUUAGAUUCGCAUCUUAGUAGCAGCAAGCAAGCAGGCAAACACCCCCCAAUUUAGCAAGCAGAAGCACAUCUCGGGGCCACACAUCGGAACAGUCUGCCACUGUUCCGAAACACAAGUAGCUCGCGGUAGUGCGGUUUCAGUGAGCCAGUGCGCCAGUGGCAUCGUCCCCGGCACCGAACGGAACGGCAAUCAUAUUUUUGCAAAACAUUUUCUACACACGCACCUUCGCGUCCUUGCUGCAAGGUUCCGUUCCCGUUAAACUUCCGCCAAGUUCCAAGCGCGUGCGAUAAAGCAACGUAAUUUUUCAAACAAGAAACGAACGUACUGUGUGGUUCAAUGCAUUGCAAGUGAUCAAAAGAAGAAGAAAAGCAGUUUCAGUUAUUUGUUUGUGUGUAUAUGUGUAUGUGUGUGUAUGUGCAUUUGUUCCUGUGUCAUUACGUGGAGUAAAGCGCUACAAAAAAAAAAAAACAAACCAAUACAACAAUCGUGCACACAGUAAAAUUUUAACAAAUUGACGCCUUGCGAGUUAGUUUAAACACAGAUGCAUAAAAAAUGAAAACAACGCAACUCCGGUGCCCGAGUGUAUGUAACGCGUCCAGAGCAAAAGAUUAGUGCGUAGCCGGUAAAGCCGACCCGCUCGACACAGUUCUCCUGAUCCGCGCGAGGAGCAGGUGCAAAUUGCAAAAGAAACGAAAGUGCACAAAAAAAGGGUGAAGAAAGCAGGAAAAGUGCCAGUGUUUUGUGCGUUUUGUGUGCGUGUGUGUGUGUGUUGUAUAUCCCACUAUCCAUCCCUCCGAUGGGUCACGGGCUGCGUGAAAUGUGCGAAAGUAAAGGCUAGCAAGUACAUCGCCGUCUUCUUAGUAGUGUGCAUUAGCGCGUUUUGAAGUACAAAACGUGCGUAGCCAAUUAAUUAUUUUUGCAUUAAUUUUGAUUGUUGGUUUGUUUGCUUGGAGGAGUUUUCUAUCUAAAAGAAGCUAUAGAAAGAGUUCAGUAAAGGGUGAGCGGAAGGAAAUCCGCUCGGUUCCUUCCCCCACAGUGUAGGAAAGUGUGUGGUGACGGGUUUUUCCAUUCUCCGCGGGGGCAGCAGUGAUGAUACCCCAACACAAUCAGGUGAUCAACGCGUUGUCACAGCACGGCAGCGAGAUGGAUACGGUGGUGGUGCAACAGCAACAGCAACAGCAGCUGCAGCAGCAGUACGGCAACAACGCCUCGCCGCCCGUGUUCGGCUCCCAGAUGGUGGAUAAGAACUCCAGCACGCCCUACACCGAUGCAACGCAGACGAAAAAACACAGCCCCGGACACAUCAAGCGGCCGAUGAAUCCGUUCAUGGUGUGGAGCCAGAUCGAGCGGCGCAAGAUUUGCGAGGUGACGCCGGACAUGCACAACGCGGUCAUCUCCAAGAACCUGGGCCAGCGCUGGAAGCAGCUGAGCCCGGAGGAGCGCCAACCGUUCAUCGAGGAGGCGGAGCGCUUGCGCAAGCUGCACACGCAGGAGUACCCCAACUACAAGUACCGUCCAAAGAAGAAGCAGAUCAAGGGUAGUGGUAGUGGUGGCGCAGGUCCGGCAAGCUCCCCCAAGAACGGUUCGUCGUCGUCCUCCUCCUCCUCCUCCUCCACUGGUGCUGGUUCGCCCGCCCUGUCCACGUCCUCCUCGACCGGUUCGCCCGACUCGGUGUCGUCCCGGGACAGCUGCGGUUCGUCCAGUAGUUCCUCCUCGUCGUCCUCGUCGUCGUCGUCCGCCAAAUCUCCGGCUGCGCCGACAGGCAAGCGUAGCCGGACCGCGAGCGGGAAGGUGUCCAAGGGGGGCGCUAGCGGUGGCUCGCUCAAGGGCAAGAAGCAGCUCAUCCUCGACGAGCUGGGCCAGCCGACGAUGGCGGCGGUCGCGACGGCCGCCACCAUGCCGCCCCUAGCGGCGCAGCCCGACUGUUACUCGCUGGCCGCGACCAAGCUGCUGCCGAACUCACCGGAGAGUGCCACGCUGUACGACGAGCGGUCGCUGAUCUCGCCCGAGCCCACGUUUGGCUCGUUCACGGAAGGCACGCCCCUGUUCAUCCGCACGCCCGACCACAGCGUGUUCGCGGUGGACGAAAGCAGCCACUUUGAGCACGAGGCCAAGGGCUUCCGGUACGCGCACGGCGCUACGCCCGAUCUCACCGGGGGAGACAGUGUGGGGAGCCCGCUAGGCCACACCAACCACACCACCUGCUCGACCGCCUCCGCCACCAAUACCACCUCCAGCAGUCCGGCGACCACGGUCACGGUGCAUCACGGUGCGCACGUGCCGUCCUGCAACAGUCCCCUUCCGCAACAGCACCACAAUCAACACCAGCAACACAAUCAGCAGCAACACAACAACAACAACAACAACAACAACAACAGUCUUCAGAUCAACAACAAUCACCUCCAGCAGCAAACGACGCCGUCCGCCAAGUCCGUCUACGCCGACAGCGACGGUGACUGCAUAAAGACGGAGAAGUACUACGAUGACGAUGAGUGUCAGAGUGACCACUUUGGCAGCAUGCUGGAUCUGGAGCCCGGUGUGUGUUUCAGCGACAUUGAGCCCUUCAACGGGCAUUUCACGCUGGCUGAGCCGCAGCACCAGCAGCACCAACAGCAGCAGCAGCACCCACAGCAGCAACAGCAACAGCAGCAGCAGCAGCAGCCACAACAGCAGCAGCAAUCACAACAGUCACACCACCUCAACCAGCAACAGCAGCAGCGGGGCGCACUAGCGAGCUUUAACGAAAUCACCAACGGACAGCAGUGCCACCAGCCGUUGCAGCAGCAGUUGCUGCAACCGUUCCAGUACUCCGAGGCAAACCAGCCCCUGAUUGCCAACAGCCUUCACCAGCAGCAGCAGCACCAGCAACAGCAGCAGCAGCAACAGCACCAGCAGUUCCAGCAGCAUCUGCGCCAGUACACGUGCCAGCAGCUAGCGGUGGAGAAUAUGGGCAGCUUGUCGCUGAUAGCCGAGACGUCCAUUGUGCCCAACUGUCAACCGUCGCCGUCGGUCGACGGGUUCGGUACGCUCGUGGCACUCGACAGCCACAUCAUCGACAGCAUGAGCCAGUCGGACGAUCAGAACCUGCUGGACGGUAUUCUGGACGUGUGCGCCGCCCAGAUGGACUACACGUUCGAGGGCAUGGAAACGGCCUCCUCGUCCAGCGGCUCCCAUCUAGAGUUCAUCGCCGAGGGCAACAGUAUUUUCCUGUCCGAGCAAAACCUCAGCUUCAACGUGUAAAAGCAGCGGCGUCUAUGGUGAACUGGUGAGCGAAAUAUCCUCCAAAAAAAAAAAACAAAAAACAAAAGAACCUUUCCUCACUACUCACACACACAUCUAUACAAAUCAAAACUUUUCCCCCACACACCAACAAACAUACACAUAAAUAUAUAUACCAACACACGGGUGCAUAGUAGAGAAAGGGAUUUGAGCCUUCGUAGUCUUGGAAUUUAUUAUCCACAAAGAAGGGGAAAAGUAAAAACAGAUGCAAAGUAGACACUUUGUUAUCAUUUAUCACAACAAACAAAAUGAGAAAGCGAGAGAGAGACAGAGAGAGAGAAGAGGAAAAAGAGACAGAGAGAGUAAGGUAAAAGAGCAGACAAAGAAAAAAGGAAGCGUAAGAAGGGAAAAAAUAAGUGCUUUAUCAGAUGAGGUGCAUGAUUGUAAAGAAAGUGCGUGAGUGCGAGAGAGCAAGUGAGAAAGAGUGCGUGAGUAUGUGUGAGUUUGUGUGUGUAAGCGUACAGUAACAGAAUGAUCUAGAACCCUAAGGAAAACUUAAAAUAUAGCCAGAAAAUGCGCGUUAGUGCGCGUGUUUGUCAAGUAUGCAAUAUAACAAAACCAUAAAGCAAAACAACACUAAGUAAGAAAACAAGCAAAGAGUUCAGAAAAUUGAAUCGAGAAAGAAAGAAAGUCCAUCGGAUUGCAAAUCGCUAAAGAUACAAAUGAAACAAAAUGGAAAUAAAACGAAACCGUAAACAAAACACACAAACCGAGCGACUCAGAGCUUACAGAAAAAUAGGAAAAGAAAACCACAUACAAACACAGCGACAUUCACAGAAAGAAAAGUGAUCGGAGAACGUUUGACGUUAAGAGAGUACGAUGCAUAGCUGGUUGAAGAAAAAAAAGGAUGCUAACAUAAGUGGUGAGUUUGUGGAUGAGGUGCGGACGUGCUUUUCAAAUGGUAACUCUGGGCAGCAAUCUUGCGCUUGUGUUCCUGUUUGCGAUCAAAUUAUUCGAUAUGGAGUGCCGAUUUUGAGCGGAACAAAUUCCACGCAGCCGAUGGCGAAGUGGGGCAUCAAUGUGGAUCGGUACGGGUUUGGAAAAGGGAUGGAAUUUUGGGGUUCGCAGCGUCGCGUACAGUUUUGUAAUUAAAAAUAGCUCACGUACUUGCUGGUAGCCGAACUGAAGAAAAAAGUGGCGUUGUGAUUAAAAUUGUACUGCUGUAUGGAAUAUAGGACGGCAGCGGGUGAGCAAUUUGGCUGUCUUAUCCUCCGGGUUUCCGAGUGGAAUCCAAAUGAUUGGAAUCGCUGUCCAAGGUGUUCUAAUAGAGUGAGAUUUAUUUGUAAAUAGCUCAUCGUUAGGGUCGCUGUGUGUAUGUUUUAUUGCCGGUUUGGACCUCACGCCACGGGUUUGGAAAAUUCCAUUCCACAGCAAUUGAAAAAUAUAAACUGGUUUACGGUAAAGCAGCGUGUAGCGAAGAUGCAUCCUGCCGGUCCGGUAUGGAAUUUAGCAAAAAUGACUAUUGUGAUGGAGCAAACAACUUCCCCACAGUACUUACUCGCUCCUUCGGGGGGAACCUACUGACAGGGAACUGCACAGCAUUCCCUGAUAAAGGUGGAACAAUUUGAUUAAUGUAAUACCCAGCUUCCAGUCCCGGAAGGCGCAGCCACGAGGCUGGUGUAAAAGAGGUGUUUUAUUAAAUUUCUUUCACGCUCCUGCAAACAAGAAGCGUACCGUGAAGCAUCGGCUAAUGGAAAAAAAAAAACACGCGGCAUGCCUGCCUGCUAUCCUGCCUGGCCCGAUAGUGGCUGGCUGGCUGGGCUAAGCAGCAAUACGGGUACAUUAUCCUAUUUUCGUCCAAUUUCUACAAUUUCUUUCCAACUUACGGUGAAAGAAGCGGUUUGCGGAAGGCGAAGAAGGAGGUUGGAUAAAAAUUUCAGAUUCCACUGCGAAUCGCUUGAAUCGGUUUUACCCCAACCGUUUGUUAGUUCGCCAGUCCCGUGCUCUUCGACCCAGUUUCUCCCGGUUCGCCAUAUAGCCCUUUCACGGAAUAAUCGAAAUUCAGCCACCAAAACGCACCAAAUCAGGAUAUGCACGGAACCCCCCGGGGCACUUUCGGACGAACGGAGAUAUUGAAAAACUGCCCGAAGGAUCGGCGGGCAUUGGGUUUAUUAUUCCUCUGUGCCCUGGGAGCCAGUGGGUCCUGGUUAUAUGGGGUUUUUUGCCUUUCAUUUUGGGUUUGGCACACACACACACACACAAAAGAAAAUGUUACUCUACAUUGGUUUUUAUUCGGUUUUUAUGUGUAUGUGUGUGUGCGUACACAAACCCAGAGCCAAUUUCCAGAUGGCAGCGCCACUGCUUGGAAGGAAAUUGUGUUCCCACUUGCCUUCCGAUCCUUCCCAAUCGCUCAUCUCAUCGGCAAUGUGUUUUGCAGCGUUUUCCUGGGAGCCCAUUUUUUCUUUCUUUCUUCGCUGGUUGCUUAUGUUGGCUGCUUGCGUCCCAUGGAACGGUUUUUCGUUCUUCUUCCAAUCGUGAUACUUCCUUUUCCACCCAAGGGCGCUGUCGAAGUGCUUUACACUUCACCAAUCACGAUCAUUUGGGGGAAACGACCUGCAAACAGGGAUGAUUGAGCAUUACGAGCAAUUUCAUCGACAUCGGGGUGGAAAUCGAACCGGCCAGCUGGUGUGUGUUUUUCUCGCCUUCGGGAUAAGCGUAAGUUUGAUUAUGGCUCUUGAUGUCGACAGGCAAGAUGCAAACUUCAUUUUGUUGAUGUGCGCUAGGAAGGACCGGGAGACUUUCACACGCCACGACGGAUGUUCAGUAUGAUCGACUAAGGAAGCCCACUGUCGAAUGUUUAAAGUCAUGCUUGACUGGCCUUUGAAUGGUCCAAUUAUUGACUUGCUGUUUGAAAAUAGUCAAGAAAACGAUUUAUCAGAAGUUGAGUAUUUUGUAUCGGAAGAACAUUCUGCCAGUACAGAGCAUCUAAAACAUUCACACUUUAGCACACGUUAGCCACGUAACGAAGCCACCCGUGCAUCCUUUAACCAUUUUCGUUAGCCAGCUUUUAUGUACAGAGCAGGAAGUAGAACUAUAAGAUUUUUCCUCAUUUCUAAGAACUAGCUGUUGAUGUUAUACAUUAUGUUAAAGCACUGUAUAUUGAAUAAUGUUGGUUUAGAGUUAUAUAUUCUUGGUCGCAACUUUUUGUUCGUGCUGUAUUCUAAAUGGGUCAUUAUUUCUUUCAACCAUGUGAGAUCCUUCUGUCAGGGUUGAAUACGUUCAGGUAGAGUGUAAUAAGUAAGGAUUACUUUGGAACAUUAAUGCUAACCAUAUUCUUUACCAUCAAUAUUCUACGUUAGGACUGCUAUCUUACUCUCUAUAAGACGGUGCAUACUUUGAAUGCAUUAAAACCUAGUAUCCAUCACACACACAUACACACACAUACACACACACACACACACACACACACACACACACACAUACACACACACACACACACACACACACACACACACACACACACACACACACACACACACACACACACACACACACACACACACACACACACACACACACACACACUUUUUACGUUUUAAAGUCGCCUUCAAUACAGUCACAAAAAUGACUUCAAUUGAGGGUAAAUUAGGUAUGAAGAAGACAGAGAAUACAACCUUCCACAAACACACACAAACACGCAAACAGUCAUUUGAACUAGAAUUAACACGAACGUUGAGUGGACGAGUGCGAACGAGAGAGACCGUGGUAAACUUGUAGAUAUGAAAAUAAAGAAAAUAAGCUGAAUAUGUGAUUAAAAGUAAUGGAUUAAGGCACACAGGCAUAGGCCAGCAGUGCACUUGCGUUGUGCAAUGUACGGGCAAGUAGUGCGAACGAGCGGAAGGAUGAGAGACGGACGGUUAAAAUGGUUUAGCUAUAACGUUUGUGUAAAGUUUGCGCGAGAUGCGCGUAAGCGCGUAGUGCGGUAAGUGAUUAGUGUGUAAGUGCGCAAAGUAACCAAAAUUUGGCGACACAAAGACGCAAAACCUAGGAGAUAAGCCCACCCAGAGGAGAGGAAUAACCAAUACAAUAGAAUAGAAGAACAAACAAGUAGGAGAAACUACAUUUCGUGUAGCAAGUGUGCCAAAAACACCACUUGCAAAAGUCCUAUUGGUUAUUAAUCAGCCGGUUAAGGUAAGACUAUUCACAUGCCCAUACACUCUAGCCCUAUGCAAGAGGAGAGCUAGAAAAUGGAACAGGCAAGCGUUUCCCUUAUUGUUCGUUUCUCGUUUGAUUGGUGGUCGGUGAAUUCGCUGGCUGGAACAAUUACAACUAGUUUUACUAAUGUUACCCUUCUGAAGCCGCCAUUUCGUCCGUGGGGACACUUUGCAGACGAUCGAGCGAAAUUCAGGCACGUACACACGUACACACACACACACACCCACAAAGAAACAAUCACAGACAGAUAAGCGUUACAAAUCAAAUGUUUCUUUUCGUUGUUAGAUAAGGUAUUACUACUAAUUAUAGUUACUAUUACGCUGGUACUAUUAUAACUCUAUGAUAAUCAAUGCAGCCAUGUUUGCAAUGAAGAAUGAAGCAUCAAUCAAAUACCUAAAGCAUUGUUUUUAUUUUAUUUUAUUUAUCUGUGUUUUUGUUUUGUUUGUUUCUUGUUUGUCACAAUUUUUCCGCCGAUUGAAUUGGAAGAAAAAGUAAUAUUGGUUUUGAAUAGUUCGCUCGAUUUAGGGUUUGAGUUUUCAGGGUCGUUGUCCGGUUGUUUUUGUUCUCUCUUUUCUCGUUUGUUUGGUAUGUUUCAGGACUUUUUUUUCUGUUCAGCAUCCGAGAUCGACUGUUUUCGUGGUUAUUUUAGAAAACCGGAGGUUGCACUAUGAGCAACAUUUAUAAAACAAUUAAGUGGUUAUAAUUGCUUUUUCAAUGUUUAUUUAUAGUUCCAUUUUUUAUACUUUUUUUCUAAAAAUUUAGUUUUUUUGUACUAUUUCGGAAUUACUUUGCAUUCAAUUUAUGACAGCGAAAUAAGAGUUUCUAUCACUCCAUUUGUAGUGUUAUCAUAAACAGGAUUUACAACAUGCAUAUGUCUGAAGAAAAGAAACAGACGAAUCGGCGAACAAUAAUAUCAACAUGUAUUGAGAAAACGUUCAUAAUUGCAGCUAGUAAAAGCGACAGCUAAAAAAAGGACUGUUAUCAGUUGAAAUCCUCAAAGUCAGGGGUCUUCAAAACUUGUGUGUUUACCCACAAUUCUAACGAAUGAACGUUCAAUUCUUUCUUUGAUGAAAAAUAUAAUCUGAAAAUGUCAAAUUUGUAAGGCUUUUCAGUUUUGAAAAUUUUAGUUUCUUGUUGAAAUCCGCAAAGAAAAUUUCAAAAAUUACAGAUUAUUUAUUUCAUUUGAAUAAAACUGUCUUCGAUUCAAAAGCUUUCGAGAGCCGUUUUAGGCCCCUGUUGAAGACCCCUGAUCAAGCAAUAUUUCCCGAAGCAACAGUUAAUCAUAGAAAAAAGCAGCAAACAUUUUACAAAGUAGAAAAAACUGGGCACAUGUUUUCACUCUCAGCGACAUUUCGUUCAUACAAAAAACAAAGACAUCCAUGGCAUUUCAAACAACGAACAAUGUUAAAGGGUAUAGAAUCUUUUUCAUAGCCUUGCUGGAUUCUUUCGCUGGAUCGGUUCGAAACGGUCCCAGUCGGUUGAACGUUUGGCGGGCGUUUUCAAUACCCGGUAAAAACAAUGGGCACACGCAUCUAAAACAAGAAAACAGAAAAAAAGACGAAACAAAACUUUAAACGAAAUAAAACAAAACAAAAACACACAAGAGCAUCUACAGCAAGGUUCAAAUCAAACGCAAACGCAAAACAAAACGGUUUUACUUAUAGUAGUAAACAGGAAGCGUACAUGUGGGUGAGAAAAAAAGCAAAUGAAACAAAUUACAAAACUCAGGAAAAAUUAUUGCAAAAAUAGCAAAACUUUAUGGUAAUAAAAUUGACAGCAACUACCGCAACACGAAGUAGGGGAACGGAACAAACGAAUGCUAAUAGUUUAGGUUCCCAUUUUUAACCUCAGCAAGCCCCUAUUACAUAAACGGAGCGCAAAGUGACCGUGUCGAUACACACGGCAGUGUUGAGAGUGUGGAACGAAAGGAGUGAAGAAAAAAAAAAAACGUCACCAGGGUAGUCGGUCGUCCUACGGUCACUUUGCCGGUACAUAGCACUACAACUACGAAAUAGCAGUGAAGCAGCUCAAGCAAACAACAACAACAACCACUACUACUACAACAACUACUAUUAAAACCACAGUUCACUAACAAACAAAAGCGCAAGUGAUAAACCGAAACCAAAUGGUCCUUUUUUGCAGGAUGUAUGUAAAACGUAGUGUAACACUUAAACUAAACGCAACGCAACGUGAUCCCAAACAGAAACCUCUCUCGGAAUAAUCCUGGUGCGGCCGAAAUGGCACGGGCGCGGUAGCAAAACAGUUCUUCAUUCCUGGGUGUUAAAAUAAACUAAUCGCAUACAACCAACACAACUGGGCACGAAUGUAUCAUUCGGAUCCGGGCAAACUAAAACUAGAAGAAUAACAAUACACUUUUCAAAACCAUAGCGCCGUUGGUAGGAGUCCAUCGGGAUGAGACGGUGUUCGCUCCAUUGUGCACAUACAUUUCAGUACACACAAAUGCAAACAUAAUUGCACAAUCAUCGGAGGGAAAAUUAAGGAAAAAAUCUAAAUUUUACCCGUGAACAAAUCACAUCACACAACGGAAAGAAUGUCAAAAAGAAAGGAUGUGAUUCUCAAUCGUGGAGUUGUUUUUUUUAUCGGUUGUGAAGUGUCCGAAGCACAUUCGGAACAAUAGUUCCAUCAAAAUAAUGUAAAGCAAUCUGGUUUUCCGAAUGUUUGAAGCAAAAUUCAACCCAAGCCGAGAUUUCAUUCACAAGAUGCAAUUGAACGAUUUCGGGUUUUGUGUCUUUGUCUCAGGGAGCAUCCUGCAGCAAAGCGUCGAAUGGAACUAAAUUUUAAAUCAAUCACACAACACAUUCUCAACAAAGUGGAGGGGCGUUUUUUUUCUUUUUCUUUGUUUUUCAUACAACUAUUCUCUUAAAGGAUACUGGAUAUAUAACAAGUAAAAACAAAAAGUCAAGUAGUGACAGAGCAGCAAAAAAUCAAUCGUGUUAGUGUCGGUGUUAGUAGUGUAUUCUUGGCUAUAACAUAACGUAACGCAACGCUAGGUUUAUCGAACCUUUGCACAAGGUGGCAUAGUAGGGAAGGUUAAUACAACAAAACAAGGCUUAAAGUUUACAGAUGUAUAUGUGCUAUUUCUUACAAUUAAGGGAAAAGUAAGGAGAGAAACCAUGAAGCAAAGCAAAAGCGUACAGAUACUGUACGCAUAAUGAACACGCGUACGCCUCUGAUUCGUGAUGAUCCCCGAUCUCCCAUUCUGGUCCAGAUCAUCCAGCGUUUGAAGUGCAACGAUGACUGCAAGACUGAAUACUCCCAACACAGCAACUAGCAACGAGAUGGAUUGGAUUUCUGUUAGUGCUUUUUCCCCCGGGUGUCUAACAAUGUAUUUUUUCUCACUCGCUGAAGUGAAUGUUAUUUUCAACCGAUAAACGGUAGCUUUGGCGAUUAGCAUCAAUUUUUCCCCAGCAACCCGGUAUCAUAUGAAGGAAGAAUGUUCCAAUAAUGGAUACUCUUAUUGCGUUUGGUGGUAUGCUUUAAUUCAGUAAAGUAUUGUUUUGUUCUUGAGUUUCUUAAAUUCAAAUGAUCUCAUUUCACUACUACAGGUAAUCGCACCGCAGUCAACUCUUUAACUGACAAUCUCAAAUUGUUUUUUUUUUUUAAUCCUCGAUCGAUUCAUCAAUCUACAGCAAUGAACAAUUAAUGACGUCUAGAACAAAGACAUAGCUUUGAAGUUUUUGUGAGCGAGAUCAAUUGAAGUAAAAAUAAUUAAAAGGGAGGAAUCUAGUGUGAGUUUAGUGUGUUAAACGUGUGCUUAACGAGGAAUGCAACGGACAAGAAUAUGAACGUUAUUAGAGCACAAGCAAACCCCAUUUGCCGAUUGGGACAAACAUUUGUAGCAUAGGGAAUUAGCAACACGGCAAACCGAGCGAGGUUUGACGGCAAACAAAUGAAUAAAAUAUUCAGGUAUCUAAACAGGCUGUGAAAUAGUCUAUUUGUUUAUUAUAGGUUUUAUUGAUCAUGUUUGAAGUCAGGCGUGUGUUUGUAUACGUGUUUGUAUUUUAGUAUAAGUUUCUUUCGUUUCUUUUUUCGUACAUUGUUUAAGGUUUCGUUCGACUGAAAGACAUUUACUGUCUUCGUCCCUUUCUUUCGAAUUUUUGGGUACAUAAACGAAGGAGGAUGAGGUUUGGUUUAUUCAAAAAAUAUUAAAUGUUAAAAAAAAACAAUUUGAUGUUUAACGUUUUCAAUAACAACAAAACAAAAAAAAACUGUAAUCAAAACCAGACCAGUCAAAUAAAACGAAAGCAAGAUUUUAGAACAAACAAAAACAAAAACAAAGAGAUAAAUUUAGUCAAGGACAUUUUAAGCAAAACAAUCUACAAUCUGAGCAGAUAGAUUAAAAAAGAACAAAGUAACAAAACCAAUCACGAAAUAACAACACAAAACUGCCAACCGAACAAACCACGUAAAACGAUGCAUUUGAUUUAAAUUUAUAAUCAUAGUUUUGGCCCAUCCUUUUGUAUAACACAUGCAUGUGCUGAGGUUGGUUUAUAAGAUGUUCUGUUUCAGAAUAUGAAUUAAAUUUAAAACAAAAUCACAUAAUUUCCCAACUCAAUCAAACAUAAAGCUCUUUGUGCUUUGUCUGUGAAAUUUUAGAAAUAUAAUCAAACCAUUUUUAAGCGUGUGACAUUCUUGAUUUUUUAAUAUCACUCACAGUAUACCUAAUAUCAGAGCAUUGAAUUGAAUCAAACAAAACGGGGGCAAUAACUAGAGGCAAAAAGAAAUUUUUAUCCAACAGAUGGCAGCGUUUUCAAGCGUUUUGUUUAUAAUUGAUAUUACAUUGUUUUUGAAGAUUUUGUUAGAGUGUCAUCGUUAUCGCAUGCGAUACACUGGAAGAUGUAGUGAACUUGAAAUUACAAGCAACAUACUUAGCAGCAGAAGGCACAGGAAACAGGAGUGGCAAAGGGCAAGCAAACUAUUAUGGUUGAUAACGCAUAACAUAAUCGUAAACAUCGCUUUCAAUGUGUAGUGAACCGUUUCUUUCAUAUUAAGACUAACAGAAUAAUCUAGCAUACGCGCAUAAGUUAUACACUAUACAAAAUGUUGAAUUGAGUGAUAUGGAAUAUAUUAUUAUUAGAAGAAACAAACACUCAACACUGUGGAUGUGUGUAUGUGCGAGCUGAAGUUAAUCAAUUCACCACACACGAUGUAUCCUCCUGGUUCUUUCUGUGCAUUGCCGGGACGUAGGAACAGUUCGAUAGUUCACAACACGUUCCGCAUACAACUUGUAUCGAAAAGAUCGAGUGGUGGAAUGGAAAACAGUUAUUAGGAGGAGGAGUUUUUAAAAUACCAUACUAAAUGAAAAGGAAGCAAGAUAAACAUCACAUACUAUAUUAAUCGAAACGAAACAAAAACAAAUCAUUAAAUGUCUAUUUAUAUAUUUACAAAACAACAAACAAAUCAGAAAACAAAACAAUUAAAACCGUAGUGCAAGAUUGUGUAAAAGAAAGAUAACACUAAAGCAGUAAACUAAAACAAACAACCAGGAGCAAGUACACUAGAAUAUAAUAAUAAAUAUUGAUAUUAUUAUAUUACUAAUAAAAGGAUAAUGAUUAUUACUAACCUUCACGCAACAUCCAAGUAGAGUUUGAUGGUGAUUGUUUCAAUAAAUGUAUGUUGCAGUAAAGGUCGGCAAGACAUUGGAGGGAACUAUUCGACUGCAUCGACAUGACGAAUGAGAAAAGUAACGAGCAUUCACUUCACGAGAAGCACUGGAAAUAUCAUUGGAUAACUUUGCCAAGCAGCUUAAAAAUGGUUAAUAAUUCAUUUUGAACAAGAUAAUAAUCAUAGUACGAAGUCAUCAUUCGACGGGAGGAAAAACCAAACGGCAAACUUAAUCACAAAACAAACAAAAAACUGAGAGUGAAUAUUUACAGCUAAACUAAUUGAAACAAAUACAAACAUCAAAGUGACUGAGCAUCUCAUACAAAAUGUGUGUCUGUCCGUCAGUUUGCUCGAAGUUGUUCUAAUGGAGCUUUUGAAUGUGGAACGCAAACUGGCAGUGCAAGAGAUCGUUUUGCCCGAGCCAAACGAGACGGUGUGUCUUAACAGUGAAGUAAUUCAGGUUGCAUCGAAAACAUAGGCUCGAGCAACCUCAGAGCAAUGUCUCGUAUAGGGACGUAUGUAGAGUUGCAAGUGGUAAGUCGCGAUGGUAGAAGCAGGAAGUUUCGCCCCCUCCCCGUGGAAAUGCAAGGCGCUGGGGGUAUGGGGAGGGAGCGUAUGUUUGUACAUUUUGUAGCUAAAGAUACUGAGCAUUGGAACCGAACUGUUGUUAAUCCCUUUUGCUCGGGCGUUGUUUGUUCUUUUUUGUCGUGGUUCGUGGGGCAGUGCUGAUGGGAGAAAUUAUUGGCAGUUGGCAAUGGAAACGUUGUUUCCGUUCAAACGGCAUCGCAAUACGAUGGGGUUUUGGAAUAGGAAGUUGUUUGAACCGGGUGCUAAAAAUUAGGUCCAAAAGAAAAAAAACAAAACGAUAAAUUUACACAAGCAAACCAGAAACGGCAACCGAUCAUAGAAACCAAGCAGAAACGAAGCAGAAAACGAACACUAUUGUCCACUCGGGACAUGCACAAACAAAUUUACCAGAGCAAAAGCGUAGAACUAAUAGGGUGGAAAGGUUUUCUAGGCAAUCCGAUUGUUCGUGUGGGGAUACUGAUCCAGCAAAACUUAUGAAAAAUACCAAAAACAAAAACAAAAAUACACGUAUUCGCAAACAAACUAGAAGGAACAUUCAAUUGUUAGGCUGCAGAACGAUUUUGGCAGACAUGCAUAUUGUGAAUGGCAAACGAAACGAAAGCAUACAGCAUACAGCAAAAAGAAUGAUUUGACGGAUAGCGAACAUAGAAAAGAAUGCAAAGAAAGUAGGUAUUGUCGAUGACGGUUUCAUAAAGAAAAGGAAUGGUUUUUAAAAACUAGUCGACAGUUCGUCUAGAAAUUGGUGUGCUAGUACGUAAAGGAAUCGAACGGCAUUAAUUCACGUAACUCUAGCAAUGUGAAUUAGCAAAAGUUAAAGCAACGAGUUUCAGUGCAACACAUAAAGAGGAAUAUUUAACCCCAUAAUAACGCCACUGCUCUUGUGAAACGGCCGCAGCAGCUUGCGGAGGGUGCUACUUUACAACACAACCGAAACAAACACGAUUUGUUUUGUUUUUGAUUGCUUCGAUUUGGAAUAUUGGAUACAUGACAAUGGAGCUUUGUGCGUGGGUAACGUUUAACAUUUGAACUUAUUGCCAAUACUGCGUCGUUUGCCAGGGUACUUAAAAACAUAAACCUAAACCUUCCACUACCAUACUGAAAUCAAUAAAAUGAAGCAAUGAGAGUUGGAGAAUAAUAAAGAAAACUAUAACCAUCUACACAAACUGUAACCGGGGGCCCACAGUACACAAAUAUAGUAUCAAAACACAUACACUUUUGAAAUGAGUAAGCAAGGAAAUAGUGCAGAAUUGUGAAUAUUGUGUAUAAAAUAGAUGAGAUAAAUGCGACAUUCAAGAAGCAGGCAGGAGUGGUAACUGUAGUAUUAUCGGUAGAGACAAAAUUGAAGCAAAAAAGGUGAAGAAAACAUCGAGAGAAAAAAAAAACGACAUCACACAACAACCGAUAAACAAUACGCAAACAAUGUAGAAACACACAAACAUAACGGUAGCAAAAACAGAAAACAAAACAUACAAACCUACAAAAUAGAUUGAGCUAGAAGUGGUAAGGUGAAGUGUGAAUAUGAACGGUCACAGUUGUGACUACAUUCAAGUUAAUUACGUGUGUACGCGCAAGGAGAAUUAUUGUGUAACAAACAACAAAGAGGGGAGAUGUAAAACACAACCUGUUUUAAUGGUUAUCCUCUGGGUUCGUCAAGGAACAGGCAGAAGAAAAUACAAAAAAAACAUGGUUUAAUCCAAAUUUAGAGGGAGAAGAAUGAAAGAAAAAAAAAACACACACAUACACAAAAAUGAACGAAAAGUUUACCAAAAUGUGAAUUGUAUAAGUUGCUAACCGUCUAAAACUGUUUGUUUUGUAUCUUAGGUUAUGUACGUUUAAGUGUAAAUACAAAUAAACCAGGUUUUAAACAGUGAAACAGCAAUUAAUCUUUUCUGAUGGAAACUCAUUGAAAAAUUGGGAAACAAUAUAAAAACAAACAAAACAUUUAACUACGACAAGUAACAAGGCAAAAAAGAUGGUUAAGAAGGAGCAACAUAUUUGGUAGGAGUUAGCAUUAAGAGCUGUUACAAAGCAAUUGUCCAAAAGAAAGGAGCAUAAAUAAGUUUAAAACCUAUGAGAAAACAAUGAGCAUAAAAUAAAAUAAAAACACAACACAAAAGUCACUCUUUCGUGUUAGAAUUGGAAGGUACACAACAACACAGCAACAAAUGCAUCAAACGCAUUAAUCAAACGAUUGAUGUGUGUACCGGUGCGAUCUGUGAGAGCUGACAGCUCUGAACAGCAAUGUUUGAUUAGUUUGUAUAUUUGAAAGUCAAUAUGUCAUUUUUACUUUUGAAUUUGUGUACAGUUUGAAAGGUGUUUUCUUUGUUUCUGUUAAGCGACUAAUGAUGAUGAUAAUAAAACAAAAGUGAAAGUGCAGUUUAUUUGCAAAAAAAUA